AUGAUCAUUUGCAAACACCUUCAUGACUGCCAAAUGGGACUCGGCGGCGGUUCUGGUUCUUCCAAGAAGGCAAAACGUGAAGUUUUUGAAGGCCAAGUUAUUGUGGCCACCCGCCAAGACUACGAUCCGGCAAUGACUAAGUCGUACAUGGGCGUAGUGAGAGCUGCGAUUCGAGCGAUGAAAGAGCAAGGAGUGAUCAUCAGCCAUGAACAGAUCAGAGAAAGAGCAGAAAACGUCGGCGGGAAGUUCUCUGUCACCUACACCAUCUUUGGUGUGGACUGCACUCAGCUGAGAAACUUCGUCUCGGCAACGAGGAACAGUACGGUCAUCAUCGAAUACGUCACUGUCACAUGCAACGAAGAAUCGGUACUUCUAUAG